GCCCCGCCGCGCCGCCCAGCCGCAGGAUGCGCGCCCCGCCGCUGCUGCUGCUGCUGGCCGCCUGCGCCGCCGCCCCGACGCCGCCGGGCUGGGAGCCGGCGGCCGACGCGCCCUGGUGCCCCUACAAGGUGCUGCCCGAGGGCCCCGAGGCGGGCGGCGGCCGCCUCUGCUUCCGCAGCCCCGCGCGCGGCUUCCGCUGCCAGGCGCCCGGCUGCGCGGCGCACGCCUCUGCCGGCCGCUCGCUGCGCGCCAGCGUCCUGCGCAACCGCAGCGUGCUGGUGCAGUGGCGCCUGGCGCCGGCCGAGGCGCGCCGCGUGCGCGCCUUCGCGCUCAACUGCUCGUGGCGCGGCGCCUACACGCGCUUCCCGUGCGAGCGCGUGCUGCUCGGCGCCUCCUGCCGCGACUACCUGCUGCCCGACGUGCACGACGGCGUGCGCUACCGCCUGUGCCUGCAGCCGCUGCCGCUGCCGUUGCGCGCCGAGCCCGCCGCCGCCCCGGAGCCCGCGGGGCCCGCCGAGUGCGUGGAGUUCGCUGCCGAGCCCGCCGGCAUGCGGGAGAUCGUGGUGGCCAUGACGGCGGUGGGCGGCUCCAUCUGCGUCAUGCUGGUGGUCAUCUGCCUGCUCGUGGCCUACAUCACCGAGAACCUCAUGCACCCGGCUUUCGGGCGCCCGGGCCUGCGCAGGCAGCCCUGAAGCACCAGGCGGCCGGCCCACCGGGGCUCUGCCUGCCGGGGAUCGGCGCCCGCUCCCCACUCGUUGCUCCUGCUCCCUCCUUAGGAUCUCCGCGCGGGGCCUGCUGGAGACCGGUAGGGCCCCGGCCCGCCAGGGCCUUGGAGUCACUGCACGACCUUCCUAGCCCGGCAUCCGCCUCCCAGACUCCAGCUCGGGACUGGCCCUUGGGCCUGCGCAGGGGUGCCAGCCUCGUCCGGGGCUCUCCCUGCUUUCCAGAGGCCUUUCCAGGGGCCGCCAGGACAUACAGCCCCUUCUGGCAAGAGCCACUGGCAUCCCCGGGUCAUCGCCCUCCACGUCCAGCCUGUGCCACGUUGGAAAAAACAGGCUGUCGUCAUUGCUUGGUCACCGUGUGCUCUGCCGACUCGAGGAGGCGCCUUGGAGCCGGUCUUCUCCCCACCUCACCCCAGUGGGCUUAGAUUAGCGUCGUGCCUUAGUGUCUUGGGCCCACUGCUAGAGCCAGCCACCCGUCCAGUGCUGUCCGAGGGGGUCUGUGGCCCUGGCACUGGCUGGCUUCCGGGCCAGAGUGUGUGCUUCCGGCCAGAGCCUCCUGGGAAACCCCCCUUCAAGCUUUGCAGGAGCCUCAAGUGUGGGAAGACCUGAGCACCCUGGCCAGGGUUGCUUCCUGAGCCGGGCACCUGGCAUCACCAGGAGGGGUAAGGCGCACUCGGCUCUCCGUGAGUCCCUGACCGACCAUCCUGGACCUGGCACUUGUGGAGUCUCUGUGGCUAACCCCUCCCCACCCCACCUCCCGGCGGCCACCAGCGACCCCAGGUCCUGGCUGGUGCCCCCACAGUGCCCGCUCCCUACCUCUCUGUCUUUGCUUGGCCUGCCCCAGCACGGCGCUGGUCAGGCAGGAGCCUGGCGUCAAUGUCUAAAUGUCCAUCAUUUUAGACCAAAA